GGGCCCACAAACAGUCGAAGACAAGGAUCAAACCCUACAUAGAUCCUCCUGAGAAGAGCCAUUCUGGGAUGCUCAGUAUCGCCGUGAUUUCUCCACAACCUCCACCGGAGCGCAGAGAGCGCAACAGCAGCCUGAGCAGGAACAAGAGCCUGUUGCCUGGAUACCUCUGCUGUCGCCACAGUGGCGAGAAGCCAGGACUGAGCUGCAUGAAUGUGUGUGUGUUUGCUGGAUAGAGUCGCUGCCAUUAAAACAAAAUACAGCUGCCUGACUGGAUGGCUCCCUCGCAUGCCCACUUGCUGGCUGACUCGCUGACAUUGCAUGUAUGAAUGUGGAAAGAAUCACUCUGAUACGGGGGCUUUGAGUAGAGCAGGAACAGAGGCUGGCUGUAUGAGGGGGUGACUGGCAUCCUGAUUUGGAUAAUGAAGACAGCAGAUUAGUAGAACGAGAGAAAAAGCACAGAUUAUUUUGACUACCAAGUGAAAAAGGGGAGGCAGCGGGGACAAGACCACGAGAUAGGAGAGCUGAUGUAAAGCAGUAACGGGUGCAGCAGACUGGCUUACUUCAGCAGCUCACAGGCUUUGUGAAGCCAUGCAGAUCCAGUCCUCUGCUCAACAGUCUAACGCCUCCGGCUUCAUCCUCAGUCAGAGAUGUGUACUAGCCUCCAAAAUGGAAAUCCACCGUGAACAGAGUAUCUGCCAGGCGCGAGCCGCUGUCAUGGUGUACGAUGAUGCAAACAAGAAGUGGGUCCCUGCUGGCGGCUCCACGGGCUUCAGCAGAGUUCACAUUUACCACCACACAGGAAACAAUGCCUUCCGCGUCGUGGGACGCAAGAUCCAGGAUCAUCAGGUGGUGAUAAACUGUGCCAUUCCCAAGGGGCUGAAGUAUAACCAGGCCACACAGACCUUCCACCAGUGGCGCGACACUCGACAAGUCUACGGCCUGAACUUUGGCAGCAAGGAGGAUGCCAACGUAUUUGCAAGUGCCAUGAUGCACGCACUGGAAGUGCUCAACUCCCAGGAUACAGGCCCCACAUUGCCUAGACAGGCCCCAUCACAGGUCCAAAAUGGCCCCACACAAGAGGAGAUGGACCUGCAGAGAAGGCAGCUUCAGGAGCUGCAGAGACAGAAGGAAAUGGAGCGAGAGCAUCUGGAACGCGAGCGUCAGGAACGGGAACGCCAGGAGCGGGAACGCCUAGAGCGAGAGAUGCUGGAGCAGCAGGAACGUGAGAGGCAGGAAAAGGAGCGUCAGGAGAGAGAGGCGCAGGUGGAGAAGGAGAGACUGGAGCAGGAGCAACGGGAGCAGCGGGAGCAGCAGGAGCGUACUGAGAGCGAGCUGAUGGAGAGGGAGAAGGUGGAAAGAGAGCAACUGGAGAAGGAACAGGAGCCAUUGGACAGAGAGCAGCAAGACUGGGAGAGAGGGAGACGCAUCUCCAACGCCGCCUUUGAAAGCACACUCUGCACUCCGGAGUACAACAGGACAUCCUCCACACCUGUAUCUCCGUCUGUGCCAGCUUACCCAUCUCCUGGGACGCCAUCUUUCUCCUCCUCUACACCCCCAACCCCCCCACUCAGGCACUCAGCCUCCAGAUUUGCCACCUCCCUUGGUUCUGCUUUCCACCCCGUCCUGCCUCAUUACGCCACAGUACCAAGGCGACAGCAGUCCUCUCCCCAAGCCCCACCUCUUGCUCCAGCCCCUGCACCCACUACUACUCCAGUCAAAUCUGUGGUCUGUAAUUUUACCCCCCUGCCCCCCUCACCCCCUGUCAUGAUAAGCAGUCCACCAGGAAAGGCCACAGGUCCACGGCCUCUCAUUCCCAUUGCUACACCUUCUCCUCUCAGCCAAAAGUCCCCCUCGCCAUCACCCAACGGCCCUCCCAUGUUUCCUGCCCCUUCCCCUGUCACCAUACUGCACAGCCACAUACCUCUUGGCAUUGCCUGCCCGACGCCACCUCCCCCCCCUACUCCUCCCCCUCUCCCUUCACCCAUAGCUACCCCUCCGUCUUCCUCCUCCUCCGUCUUGUCUUCCCCCUCCUUAUCCCAGGCUCCUGGUGUGCCCUCUCCCUCCACAGCGUCCCUUGCUGUUGCAGCAGCCACCGCCUCUGCCUCUGCUGAACACCUCUCCCUCCCCAUGGGUCUGGGCCUGUCGGGGCCAGAGGAAGCAAACACGCCCACAGGCCCAGAGCCCCACCCAGCACAGGGGGACUCCUGUCAGCCCCAGCCCCAUGAUGUGGUGCAAAGCCCUGGUUUAAACAACCCCACCCCACCCCCACCUCCACCACUGCCACCUAACUCAACUGUGACAUCUGCAACUGCUAUCCAUGCUGCCACCCCCAUCAUUCCUGCAGGCCACCCACCUCCUCCCCCACCUCCUCCACUCCCCCCUACACUGACUCCUGGCGGGACACCCCCUCCUCCACCAGUUCCACCUCCUCCUCUUGGAGUCCCACCACCACCCCCAGCUCCUCCCCUUCCCACUGGCCAGUUCUCUUCUGCGGAGGACCGCCCCCUCUCAGGCUUGGCUGCCGCACUUGCUGGAGCCAAGCUCCGCAAAGUGUCGCGGAGUGAUGAUGCAGGGGCUGCCCUGGCAGCAACAAUAUCGGGGGCUGUAGGAAACACAGGGGCUAAAUCUGAGGCCAGGGGCAAUGGGCCUCUGGCUGGAGGAGGAGGCCUUAUGGAGGAGAUGAGCGCCUUACUGGCCAGGAGGAGAAGAAUAGCAGAGAAGGGGUCUUCACCUGAGCCUGACCAGAGAUCAGAGGAGGGAGAGAUAAAUACUACCCCAAAAGUCUCAGCUUGUAGCACACCAGACAUGCCCAGGAAGCCAUGGGAAAGAACAAACGCCAUGAAUGGUAGCAAAUCUCCAGUUAUUGGAAGACCUAAAGCCACUCCUACACCUACUUCAUCCAUAAGUGCCAACGGUGUGCCAAUCGAAGCCGUUGAUUAUGACAAAUUGAAACAGGACAUUCUUGAUGAAAUGAGGAAGGAGCUGUCAAAACUAAAAGAAGAGCUUAUUGAUGCAAUCAGGGAGGAGCUGGGCAAGUCCAGCACAGCAUAGAGGAUCCAGCUCCCUGCUCGCAGCAUCUACACCCACGUGACCUGACAGACCACCAUGGCCCAUUUAAGAUAUGACAGUUUAACAGCAUAGUGAAGACACAACAAGAAUGGUGGAGAGGAUGACUUUCAGCAGUCAUAUUGUUCUACAUAGGAGACAGUGGAGGGUGAAGCACUGUCAGACAGAGCAGCAGUGGACAGGGUGGUGGCAGAAGACUGUGAUUCUGAGGAUCCAUUUGGUGAGACUUUAGCUUUCCACUUCCCCCUCUCACCCUUCCAGUUUCCCUCCUGCUGAGAACAUUGUAUCCUGGAGGACAAUGCAUUGUCUGGCAGAGAAGUGGAGUAUGUCUUUAUGCAAAGAUGGCUUCUCUCUAUUUAUCCUACAAUAAAAAACAAAAACACACACACACACAAAACAAACAAUAUUGAACUCUUCACUGAUACUCCAUUAACCAUAAGUGAACAGAGCGAUGAAUCAGAGCUGUUGUGAUUUACUAUCAAACAUUUUAUUACAAAGGUUUGGAGACAGGAAGAAUUUAGGGAAAUAAAAAACUUUUCCCAUAAUGCGAUAGGGGUAGCAUGUGUGCAUGAAUGUGUAGGUGUGUGAAUGAAUGAGUAUGAAGGACUGUAGUCCACCACUGCAGGACACUGUAAAGCUUGUCUUCCUCAAAUACUAUUUUAACCUAAAUAUUCACAAAAAGAUACAUUAAUUUAGAGUGAAAGUAUCUAUUAAACAUGUCUGUCUGUAGAUCUAUGGCCAUAUCAAGUAAUUCAAUAACCCAGUGUUUUAAAUGGGAUGUCCUCUUGUCUUUUUUUUGAUUGUAGUUAUAAUCAGAAGAAUCGUCAUCUCCCUCCUCAAGUGAGAUGCUUUCCAGUUAUUUCUUGGUUCAUACUGUUGGAAGGUUAAUAAAUUAAACUCAUAGCCAUCUAGCAAACUUUCGCUCAUCAAGCUAAGUGAAACACAGCCAGACAUGUAGAUAGAACUUUUCCUUCUUGCAUGUUUCGGUUUGCAAACUUUCCUUCACCCUUUGCUCUCAGUCUGUCCUGUCUGUUAUGUUUAGGUGCUCAGUUUGACAGCGAGGGUCGUAAGUCUGCCACGAAACUGCAUUAUAAGCAAUAAGUGUAGCAUUUAUCCGAAGCACCACCACACAUCAUUUUAGGUGCCUGUGUGUCCGUUGCAGGCCUCCUGUUGGACAGUGCUGCUGUGUCUCAGCUGUGUGGUAGAUUUUCUAUGAAAUUGAAUGCUAAUGUGAAAUAACAUCAGCGUUUCAUGAAACUUUUUUUUCUCUCAUCUAAGGAAAUCUAAAGAUGUUUUAUGUCAAGCCACAUUUUUUUAAACUUAAGUAAAAUUUUUAAAGAGGCACCAAACAACCCAAAUGUGUAACAGAAGAUUUCCAUAUGGGGACAUUAAUGUGCCAUUUACUCUUAUACCAGUGCUUGCUGAUGGUUUUUUUUUUUUUUUUUUUGGCCUUUUUCUUCUUGCUGCUGUCAAAUCCUUUACAUAAAAAGCUGGAUUUUCCCUGUGUUAUGUAUUGCUUUAUUUGGGAAAAAACACAUUUGUUCCCACUUCUUUCAGUUCAGUGCUCAGUUUCUUUAUCUGAAAGCUCUAUGUUCAAUCAUCUUGAGAGGGAUAUGAUACAAUUUGAUAGGCUGAUGUGUAAACACUGAUCAAAAUAAGAGUUCAAAUUCCACGUUACAGUUUUCAGAGACUUUAAAUUCUUUCCCCUCAAAAAGCCCAGUCUGUUGUGACUAGGGCCCGACCGAUAAAUUGUCAGGCCAAUUAAAUCGGCUGAUAUUGGCCGUUGUUUUCCCGAUUAUACGCCGAUUUAUUCUUACUUUCUGAUAAAACAGUAAAUGCUGUUAAGUGUCCGUCUUGCAGAAUGAUGUCCUUGCAGCUUUUGUCCACUAGAUGGAGCUCUGACUCCAAUAAAUCCCACAGUCAUCCCGUCUUUUCGACAAGGUUAGCUAGUACCUAGCCAGGUUAUAUUAAAGCAGUAGGCCGAGUGGAGCUUGCCGACAGGUAAGUUUAUAAUAAUGUUGUGAAAUUAAUGACUCAGCAUGUGUCCAGUUUCAGUUUAACUCAAUUUGCCAUGUGUAAUGACGAGUGACGCGUGCUUCAUUGUCGGUCAGCUUUUUAUUUACGCUGCAUUGUUGAAAUUGGGCUAAAUUAGCUUAAGGUGCUCCCUGUUUAUGUUAGCAAAAACAUCGCUGUUGUUAUCCCAAUUUAGCAUAGCAUUAGCUGAGUAGUCAGUAACUGCAGAUAUAACAUAAAUGUAUAAAAUAUCUGAGAGUACAGAACGAGCGUUCGUCAGUCCGUCAGCUGCAGGUUGAAGCGUAUUUUAGGAGGAGAGAUGUGAAUGCAGCACCAAAACUUUAUUAAUAUUACAGUCUGUCUUCACCACCGUCAUGGUGUCUCCCUUAGUUUUACUUUGUCAGAAAAUACCAACGUGACCGGCUGUAACAGCGACUCACUAUGUGUUACAACUAGUACCAGAUCAUUUCUGACAUUAUACAUAAAAUACAACCCUAUCAAAGAUGACAUCUUGUUUUUACAUUUCAGAAAAGUGUGUCUGGUUCAUAUAUGAUACAUGCCACGAUAUAUUUCAUGGCAAAGAAAAUAUUGGAGUAAAGAAAAUGUAAUUUACCAUUGAAGGGCAUCAGAAGGCUGCAUAAAUAAUGUUUAGCUAACGUCACUCAUGUUGGUUAUAUAAGCCAUAUAUAUAUUUUCCUACCUGUACUUUAACCUACUUAUAAUUUGCAUCAGCAAGAAGUACAAAACAAGGUAUAUUUAAUUAAUUCAUCAUUCAUUUAUGCAAUUCAUUCAUAGGUUAUAUAUUUUAAUUGUCCAGUUAUUGAAUGCUUAGUUGAAUGUUUCUGUUGUAAAGUUAAACAUAUGAGGACAAAAUAUUGUGAAAAGUAAAAUGUGCUGCCUGUAAUUCAUACAUUUGUUGGUGUAAGCGUUACUUAACCAAAAAUUAAGUUAAUUUAUUCAUUAUAUACUUUUUAAAAACUGCUAUUUAAUCGGUAAUCAGACAUUUUUUCUGCCAAAUAUUGGAAUCGGUAUCGGCUUUAAAAAAAAUCCAUAUCGGUCGGCCCCUAGUUGUGACUGAUCAGCUCUAAUCAAUUUAUUCAGCACAACCUCACACCAUUCUGCAUCAGCUCUGUUGAAAUCUGACAUGCAGAUAAAAAGUCUGUCAGGGAUGUUCAGUUCUGGUCCUCGAGGGGCUCUAUCCUGGAGGUUUUAGAGGUUUUCCUGCUACAACACACCUGAUUCAAAUGAAUGGAUAAUUAACAGACUUGUGCAGACCUUGACAAACUGAUGGGGAGAUCCAUUUAAUGUGAGUCGUCGUGCAUACAUAUAAAACCUGCAGGAUUGAGGCCCGUGAUGAACACAGUUGGACAUUCCUGGUCUUUUUUUUUAGUGCAAAUUUAGUAUAAACACAUUUUUAAUUAUUUAAUUGGAAAUGACAACUUAAAAACACCAUUAAGAAUACCUGACAAAUACUUUUAUACUCAUCUUGAACCAGACAGUGGUCUGGAAGUGAUGAACAGUACCAGAUACAGAAGAUCAUAUACAAACUUGUAAGCCUUAAAUUUGGUAUCACAUAACAAGUGUGUGUGUACCAUAGCCACAGUUUACAGUCACUGUUCUGCUUUUUAAGUGUGAAUUGCUUUUAAACUAAAUGCUCCUACUGCUGAACCCAGUUUUAGUUAGAAAUAUGUAGGUACUAAUUGCCCAAUUUGUUAUGAUUAUGACCAGAUUUCAAACUUUGUGUCCAAGAAAAAGGUUUGUCAUCAAUGGCUGGCUGUUGGCUGCUAGCACCCGUCCUGGAUGUCAUUCUGUAAAACUGUGUCUAAGGGCUUUGACGUACAUACUGUAAGACAGCACAUAUAGGAAUUUCCUCGUCAGUUUCUGUCAUUUGAUAGAGACUGGGUCAAAAAUACCUUGAAAAAUAAACAACAUAAAGCAGAAUUUCUAGACUCAAUGUAGCUGAACUGGUGCCAUAGCCUUUUGAUUUGAGUGUGGAGGAGUAUUGGCAUCAUGUUCACAGGUUCAGGUUCACUUCACACUAUUAACUCAUAUUCUUAUCCACUUUUUUCAAAAGCAAACAUCCAGCUAAGAGGCUCACUGUAUUGAGUGUUUCCACAGAAGUGAUUGCACUUUAAGACAGAAACUUGCAAAGCAAUCAAACAUCCUCUGACAGCAGUUGUCCGAAGCAUCUCCGCCAGCAGUGUGGCUCUCUCACCAAAGGAUUUAACCCUGAAGCCUCCUGCUGAGCAUCAUCACUCUCAACAAAGUCGCCUUUUUUUUCUUUGUAUAUUUUUUGUCAAUAGAUUUACAAUAUUACAAAAAAAAAGACA